AUACAUGCUUCGUCGCAAUCAGCCAGCAAUCGAUUUCCUAAUUGGCAACAUCGAAUAACUGUAUACUGUAUUGUCAACUACAAUCAUCAUGAGCGAUUCAGGGAAAAAUAAGAAUCUUCAGAGACAUAAUUACAUGGAGCACGCUUAUUAUGGACACCCCCCCCCCCCCCACACACACACACUCUUCUCAAAGUUGUCGGGGACAUUAUGUAUUAUGUAUUCUGCGCAUUCAACGUCAGUUGGAGCAGUCCGCUCUUUUGCUAUAACAUAGGUACGACUAUUACUCGGGAUCUCAACAAUUUUGACGUCAAAGCAAGCCAAGGUCACCUAAGUAGUGGACACAACAAUUGCAACUGUUAGUUACAAAUUUUUAUGAGAAAAAAUCAAAAGUUUUCGUGAGUAUUUAUAGCCAAAAGAUCUGGCUGGAUUUCGUUGUGAGCGGAAUCGUCUGCAAGGUCAGCGGAGAGAGAUAGGCGGGAGGCUGUUAUGUUUGCCGGUAAAGGCUUGGCAUUUGUUAUUAAGAACGCAGAAGCUCCGGUGCGCUCGCGCCAGUCCAUGAGUGCAGGUGAACUCUGGCAUCGCUGUUUCCAGUCCAGUCUCAACGGAUGGCUGUAUUCACGCAAGAUACUUAAUAAUUUAUUGAACAAUUGUCUAGUGUCAAUUUACAGCUGCAGUUACAGCUAGAAUAAAAUAUCGGAAAGCUCUUUGGCAUUUUACCACUUAAAGCAAACAUCCAAAGCAAAAAUGAAUUUCGACCUGCUAUCGGUUUUAAGCUACAUCGUGUUACUGGCUCUCAGUGCAUUCACAUUGUUCUACAUGUACGCAAAGCAGAAGCAAACCUACUGGAGCAAACGCGGAGUCUAUUCCCCGCCUUGCCACUGGUUCUACGGCCACUUCAGAGACGCGUUUCUGAUGAAAAAAUCCUUCCCGCAAGCCUUUGGCGAGAUGCACAACUUGGUCGAUUCCAGCAUCCCAGUCGUAGGAGUGUAUGUGAUGCAGAAGCCCUUUUUGCUCCUUCGAAAUCCCGAGGUGAUAAAACAGGUAUUGAUCAAGGACUUCAACGUCUUUUGCAAUCGUUACUUCGCGGCCCAGCGCAAAACAGAUGUGAUCGGAAGCGAGAACCUGUUUUCCAUCAAGUAUGCGCAGUGGAAGUACAUCCGCUCGAAGCUUUCCCCGGCGUUCAGCAGCGGAAAAUUGAAGAGGUAUUUUCAGCUCAUGCUCGAAUCAGCGGCGAACACCAGAAACUAUCUCAAAUCUCAAAUCCCAGACGGCGAAAAGGUCACGAUCGAGUGCAGGAAGCUGAGUAAUAAGUACACCACGGACGUCAUCAGCUCGUUCUCCUUUGGCAUUAAAACCAACUCGUACGUCGAACCCGAGCCUGAAUUUUAUCUUCGCAGUCGAAAGAUAUUUCAACUAGGUUUAGUGCGCACGCUGCAAAUACUCACGACCUUCUUCUUUCCGAAGAUCAGCGACUACCUGAUGGGCUCGAUGUUGGGCGAUUCGAACGAUUUUUUCAGGAACGCCUUCUGGGAGUCAAUGAACGAGAGAAAAGAAUCCGGGAUCAAAAGGGGAGACAUAAUCGACUUCCUGGUGGAGCUCAGCAAUGAAAAGCAAAGCCAGGAGUUCAAGUUCGAAGGAGAUCACUUGGUUGCCCAAUCCGCCAUACUCCUAGUCGCCGGAGUCGAGACUAGCGCUGUAACGAUAGGAUUUACUCUUCUGGAACUGGCCAAACAUCCGGAAAUCCAGAGGAGAGUACGCGAGGAAAUUCGAGAGAAAUUGUGCAAGGACGGGCAACUUGCUUACGAAGACGUCGCGGUGAUGACGUACUUAAGUCAAGUGAUUUCGGAGACCCUGAGAUUGUAUCCGCCUGCACCUCUGAUUGACAGGCUGGCUUCAGAAGAUUACAAGUUACCAGGAACUGAUAUAGUCAUUGAAAAAGGAACUGCCGUUUACGCUGCGUUAAAGGCCGGUCUACACGAAGACCCGCAUUACCAUCCAAAUCCGACGAAGUUCGAUCCCGACAGAUUCAGCGAGGAAAGGAAGAACGAAAUUCAACCGUGUACUUACAUGCCCUUUGGAGAAGGGCCAAGGGUGUGCGUUGGCAUGCGCAUCGGUCAAUUGGAAACUAUGGUCGGUUUGAUCACUAUCUUGAGUGAAUACGAAGUGUCGUUAAACCCACAGCACAUAACCGAACUUAAUGUUCGAGCUUUGUUUUUAGCUCCAGCUGAUGGCAUCAAAUUGUAUUUUCAACGCAUCAAAACUUGCCAAUGAGGCAAAUUUUCACGUACUGUUAAUACGGCGCAGUGCUUUUUUCAUUGUUUUAAGUUGCUGUUAACAGUGUUUCAAUUGUAAAAGUUUAGAUACUAUGUAUAUAGGAGAAAAGCUUAUUGAAAAUAGGAAAUUGAAAAAAGCACCUGCAUUUUUUUAGACUAAAAUGUACUUUGUAACACCAAUGUUUUCUCGAUAAUCCAAAAAAUACGAAAGAUCGUGUACCCACUGUUUCUCUGAGCAAAGUACCACAGAUCUUUAAAAUCUUUCAUAAUUUUUCGGUGCUAUCAAAAACUUUUUGAAUGCAAGUAUGUGAAAAGCAGUGUCCCAAACCACUUUUUGACCGUUCAGUCGGCUUUCCGGCAUCUCCAAAAGCACAAAAAACAAUAAACGAGAGUUAGGGAGGUUUCUAAAAAUGUGCCAUUUUAGAGCCAUAUAUAAAGCAACUGAGUUAAAAAUGCUCUCAUACUAUUACUUCUUAUAACAAUUAUAUCCAGUCA